AGAAACACAAUAUUCUCAAUAAAUCUCUUUCUACUUAUUUUCAAACAUUUAGUAAAAAACUUUCAUGAUCGAUGGCAUCUCCAAUUGAUACAAACAAAGUAAUGAAAUUAGAGAGAUAUAAUAGCUAUAUUAGAAGAGUAAAUAGCACAAAAUUAAUUGUUGCUUCUUCUAAACUUCUUUUUAGAGUUACACUUUUAGUAGCUCUAUUAUUAAUCUUUUUUUUCAUCAUAAAUUACCCUCCUUUUACCUCAUCAGAAAAUAAUAUUCCACAUCAUCAUAAUAUUCACACCACCACCCAUAACCUCCUCUCCUCCGCCUUCUACGGUGGUGGCGCCGCUUGGGAGAAACAAGUCCGCCACUCCUCCACUCCUCGACGUGUCAAUGGUUUAUCAGUAUUGGUUACAGGUGCGGCUGGCUUUGUUGGUUCUCAUUGCUCAAUGGCAUUAAAAAAGCGUGGAGAUGGAGUCUUGGGAAUAGAUAACUUUAAUUCCUAUUAUGAUCCGUCAUUGAAACGUGGACGUCAGAAGUUAUUGGCGCAACACGAAGUCUUCAUCGUGGAAGGUGAUAUAAACGAUGGCAAGCUGUUGGCUAAACUGUUCGACAUCGUUCCAUUCACGCACGUACUACAUCUAGCCGCGCAAGCAGGCGUACGGUACGCGAUGAAAAAUCCACUAUCGUACGUCCAAUCGAACAUUGCGGGGUUUGUCAAUUUAUUAGAGACGGUCAAGUUAGCUAACCCUCAACCCGCAAUUGUCUGGGCAUCGUCCAGUUCGGUUUACGGGUUGAACACAAAUGUACCAUUUUCUGAAAAUCAUCGUACGGAUCAACCAGCUAGCCUUUAUGCUGCUACGAAAAAAGCCGGUGAAGAAAUUGCACAUACAUAUAAUCAUAUUUACGGUCUUUCUUUAACCGCAUUAAGGUUUUUUACCGUUUACGGACCAUGGGGUAGACCUGACAUGGCCUAUUUUUUUUUCACUAAGUACAUGGUACAAGGUAAACCAAUAAAUGUUUACGUUACACAAGACGAUAAAGAGGUGGCGCGUGACUUCACGUAUAUCGAUGACAUCGUUAAAGGGUGUCUCGGGUCGUUAGACACGGCGGAGAAGAGCACCGGUAGCGGAGGAAAGAAGAAGGGUCCGGCACAAUUAAGGGUGUACAAUUUAGGUAACACUUCACCAGUAUCAGUGAAUAAAUUGGUGACAAUUUUGGAGAAUUUAUUAAAUGUGAAGGCUAAAAAAAAUGUGAUUAAAAUGCCAAGAAAUGGUGAUGUACCAUUUACACAUGCUAAUGUUACAUUGGCUAAAAAGGAUUUUGGGUAUAAGCCAACCACAGAUUUGUCAAGUGGAUUGAGGAAGUUUGUCAAGUGGUAUGUAAGUUAUUAUGGGAUUCAAUCAAAAGAAUUAGACUCCUCUAAUGACCAUUCUCAAGAUUGAGUCAUGAUAUGUACAGUGAUAUUCAGGUCAGUUUGUAAUACAUCUUGAUCAUUGUGUCACUCCCAUGUCCAGUUAGAUAAUUCUGCAUGUUAAGAAAGCGAUACUAGCCGAUAGAUGGUGAUUCUCCACAUGUUUAUAUUUUUUUUGUUUCUUUUUUCAUAUAUACCAAGAAAAGUGAGAGGAGGAGGAAAAGACAAGUGUAGAUUAUUUUGUGAAGUGGGGGUUUGUAAUAAAUGUUUUAAAAUAGUCUUGUUUGUUUUGUAUGUAGGAAUAUUAUGUAUUAGGAAAGGGAAAAAAAUGGCUGGAAUUUCUGUACAAAAAAAUUAGUGCAGAUCAGCUGUGUCAUCAAUCAAGAUAUCAAUGAUGAUUAAUUAAAAUCAAGAUUCUCUUUUAUGCUUUCUUUGGCUUUAUAUUAUUUGUUUAUUUAUUGAUUCUCUUUUUUAAAAAUAGUUUUUAUAUAUUUUAAAGAUUUAAAAAGGAUAAAAAAGUCAUAGGUUUAUAUAUAUUA